AUGCCCGAGCCCGUCUCCGUUUUGUUCGUCUGCCUCGGCAACAUCUGCCGGUCGACCAUGGCCGAGGGCAUUUUCCAGCACCUCGCCCAGCAGCCGCCGUACAAGGGCAAGAUUGGGCGCAUCGACUCGUGCGGCACCGCUGCGUACCAUACCGGCGAAGAGCCCGAUUCGCGGACCCUGUCGACGCUCGAGGACAAUGGCAUCGUCGACUACGAGCACUACGCGCGGAGGUUCCUGACGACCGACUUCGAAAAGUUCGACUACGUCUUCGCCAUGGACCGGUCGAACCUGUCGGACCUGCAGCGGCUGCAGCGCGGCAACCCGGACGCCAAGGCCAAGGUAAUGCUGUUUGGCGAGUUUAGCGGCAAGGGCAAGGCCGAGGUGGUCAACGACCCGUACUACGGCGGGCGCGACGGGUUCGAGAAGGCGUUUGAGCAGUGCUCGCGGUUUGCCAAGAACUUUCUCAACGAGGUCGUGGGCAAGUAA